AUGAGGGUGCAAGACAAACAGGUCACAUUUAAUAUGUUCAAGGCAAUGAGGUUCCCGAGUGAAAUGGAGGAGUGCUCAGCCAUCUCAGUUAUUGACUCUCUGGUGGCAGAAACACUUGAGCAUGAUAACUUCGAGAGUAAUGUGGAAGGAGGCGUUGAGCAAGUAGAGUUGGUGGGAGCACAUGUGACAAUGCCGAGCUACACAAGGAAGUUUGAGUCUCUGGACUUGAUUGAACGGGAACACCAGCCCACUCAGCCCUUAAGCAAAGAGCCGCCAAUCCUCAAACUUAAGCCCUUGCCAGCACACUUGAGGUAUGCCUACUUAGGAGAUUCUUCUACACUUCCGGUCAUUAUUUCUGCUUUAUUGACGCAGGACCAAGAGGGCAGGCUAAUAGAGGUUUUAAGAGAAUCCCAAGGAGCCAUCGGCUGGACUAUAGCAGACAUAAAAGGCAUAAGUCCCUCCUUUUGUAUGCACAAGAUUCUCCUGGAAGAUGAUAAAAAGGGGUCUAUAGAGGGACAAAGAAGGAUGAACCCGAUUAUGAAGGAGGUGGUCAAGAAGGAGGUAAUAAAGUGGUUAGAUGCAGGGAUCAUCUAUCCAAUCUCGGAUAGUGCAUGGGUGAGCCCGGUUCAAUGUGUUCCUAAGAAAGGGGGGAUGACUGUUGUUGAGAACGAGAAGAAUGAAUUAAUCCCCACAAGAACAGUAACAGGGUGGCAGAUUUGCAUGGAUUACAAGAGGCUCAAUAAAGCAACUAGAAAAGAUCAUUUCCCGCUUCCCUUUAUUGAUCAAAUGUUGGACAGGCUGGCAAGUAAGGAAUUUUAUUACCUAUUGGAUGGGUAUUCCGGUUAUAAUCAGAUUGUGAUUGCGCCAGAGGAUCAACACAAGACUACUUUCACGUGUCCCUUUGGCACAUUUGUCUUCAGGAGAAUGCCGUUCGGACUUUGCAAUGCCCCAACCACUUUUUAG